AUGGGCCCCUCAUCCUGGGAGAAACGACAAGAAAAGCGACGUCCGGGGGCAGGGAUUUUUGAGAGUAUCGAAGAAGUAGUGGAAGCCGUGAAUUCUGUUACCAUUUUGCUCAAUUCGGCGCAUCAUGCAUUUUACAGUUCAUUUCGGGCAGUGAUCAGCGCAGUGGCCGAAUUUUCAAGGUUAAAAGCGCAGGUACGACAUUGUCUUUUUGAACAUUGCCAACAACCGUUGACACAGGCACUGCCGCCGCUAGCGCAGACCGAAGCAAAUUCAUUUCGGCCUUUGUUUUCUUGGGUUUUAUGGCUCUCCGUAAUAAUUGGAUCGUAUUUCGCACUCCGAUUAUUAGCACGCGCUGUGGCUCAUUUGGAGGAGUGUUUGCGAUGGUCAGAUGGGGAAGGCGAAUACUACGAAGCAGUAGCCGUUCAGGACUAUACUGCUGCAGGAGAGGGUAGAAUUUCAUUCAAACGUAACGAAGUGUUACGCGUUGCACCAAAGCGUUAUCAGCCACAGUGCCGUGGUUACCUUCUGGCAAGGCAAUACGACUAA